AGAUUGAAAAGCUGGACUAUCAUUACUAUCUGCCUUUAUUUUUUGAUGGGCUUUGUGAAAUGACGUUUCCGUGUGAGUUUUUUGCUCGUCAAGGAAUCCAUGACAUGCUGGAACAUGGUGGAAACAAGAUUCUUCCUGUCAUUCCUCAGCUCAUUAUCCCAAUAAAAAAUGCACUGAGCCUUCGUAACCGGCAGGUCAUCUGCGUCACGCUGAAAGUCCUCCAGCACCUGGUGGUGUCAGCUGACAUGGUGGGGGAGGCCUUGGUGCCCUAUUAUCGGCAAAUCCUCCCAGUCCUAAACAUCUUUAAGAAUAUGAAUGUUAAUUCAGGCGAUGGGAUAGACUACAGCCAGCAGAAGCACGAAAAUAUUGGAGAUCUGAUUCGAGAGACACUGGAAGCCUUUGAACGCUGCGGUGGAGAAACCGCUUAUAUAAACAUUAAAUACAUGAACCCUACUUAUCAGUCGUGCAUAUUAAACUGAGUUGUAUCAAAUGGGAUGAUCCCAUUUGUGCUCUAAAAAAACUGUGUCUGACUCUGUGUGGCAUCUUGUUAGUCAUGCUUUUUUUCUCUACAGCUGCUAAAAUAGUGGCUUCUGGGGCAUUAGAGUGUUAGCACUAUUGUGAACAAGGCUUUCCAAUACAUAAAUAGUGCCUGUUCCUUUGAUUACAAUGGUGUACUGUGCUUGUUUGUUCCCUGAAAGAAUCGCUCCUUUAUAACAGAGCUGACUCGAGCAGGAAUCGGAGUUAAACCUUCACUUGUAUAGACAAUAAAACUAUAAUUUUCAUACGC